AUGUCGUGUUUUCGCCCGGCGACGACGGUGAACGAGGAUGGCGAGACGAGCGAGACGACGUGUGCGUCGUCGUUCGUCGCGAUGAUGUCGCGGGCGCGGAGAGCGAUCGUGGGUAGGGGUGGGGGGAGCGCGGAGGUCGCGCGGAACGCGAGCGCGCAGAGCGCGAGCGGACGGGACGCGCAGACGACGAGCGCGGAAACGAACGCGAGCGGCGGUGGCGGGGAGGGUGCGUCGAUCGAUGGGGAGAUUUCUGCACCGCGAUUGCCGGGAUUGCGGCUGACGCCGGCGGGGAGAGUGCUCGCGGCGGCGGCGGCGGCGGCGGCGAGCGGGCGGGAUCGAGGACCAGACGCGGAGAUGAACGAUGAGUUUGGUGGGAUGCGCGGGGAUCCAGAGGUUGAAGAGACGCCGUUACCAUUACCGCCGCCGCUUGGGGACAUCCCGCGCGCGCACGGGGGCGUCGUGGGGAAGAUUAAAGGUCAGAUACUUCCGAGUUCCGGGUACGUGCCACUGGAGGUUCAGACGCACGCAGAGAAGGUGCGCUUGAUUCAACAGCAAGAGAGGACCAGGCGGUCGCACUCCAUCACGGAUGCCGCAGUGACGACGACGGCCAAGACUGCGGGCGCGGCGGUUGGGGCGAUCAGCAAGAUGGCGGCGAAGCUCAAGGAGUCUCGGCACUUCAAGUCGGCGUCGGCACCGUUGACGGCGGUUGAGAUCGCGGAUGACGCUCCGGCGGCGCGAGAGUCACACGCGGAAGAGGCAGGCGAAGCGAACGCGCGCAGUGCGCACACAGAACCCACAUCGAACCCCUUCGUCCAGGAUGAAUCGCGAAGACCGGGUCGAAAUUCUUCCGAACUUUCAGACAGCGGCGUUCCAUCCUCUCCGCAUCACCGGCGCGCUUCGAGCGCCGGGAACUGGAGUGAUAUGAGCUACACGACGUCAGACGACGGUAUGCUUCGCAUGUGUCACACCUCGCUUGCGCCGACAAAACCGCGACGCUGGACCAAGGGGGACAACUUGGGUGAGGGAUCGUUUGGAAGCGUGUGGCUCGCGCUCAAUGGCGACACCGGCGAGCUCUUUGCGCUCAAGGAGGUUCGAUUUGGGAGCUCGGAUAAGCACCGCGAGGAGUCGAUCGAACAGCUCGAGCAAGAGGUGGAUGUGUUGUCGCGUCUUGUACAUCCCAACAUUGUGCGUUACAUUGGGGUGACUCGCGAAGAGGCUGCUCUGUACAUCUUUUUGGAGUAUGUCCCUGGCGGCUCCAUCGCGUCGUUAGUGCAUAGAUUUGGCAAGUUCGAGGAGAAUGUCAUUCGUGUGUACACGCGGCAACUUUUGAUCGGGUUGUCGUACCUGCACUCUCAGCGUGUUCUUCAUCGCGACAUCAAGGGGGCAAACAUAUUAGUGGAGAAGAGCGGUAGAAUUAAACUCGCCGAUUUCGGCAUGGCGAAGGUGCUCGAAAACGUUUCCCACGGGAAAUCUUUCAAAGGGAGCGCGUGCUGGAUGGCACCCGAGGUAAUUCGUCAGAAAAAUGUUGGGUUCGAGGCUGAUAUCUGGAGCGUCGGCUGCACCGUGUACGAGAUGGCCACGGGCGCGCCGCCUUGGAGCGACUGCAGCACUCAGGUGCAAAUAAUCUUCAAGAUUGCGUCGUCCGAGGAAAUUCCAGUGAUUCCCGAGCACCUAUCACCCGAUGGUCAAGAUUUUCUUCGUCUGUGUUUGCAACGAGACGCAACGAGACGCCCAGAGGCAGUGGCGCUCCUGGAUGAACCUUUUGUCGUCGACGCGCACAGAUCGAGCAACGCGACGAAUAUUCCCGGGCUGCAAUACGACACGUGGGCGUCGUCUUCGGUGCUAUCUUUCAGAGACGACGAAGCGAGCGUUCGCUCGGGCGACGGCACGGUGGGAGGAAUGCGAUCGAACCAAAGCUCGAUGCGUCACGUUGCAUGGGGAGAUUUAGAAUAG